UUUUGUCGCAGCAGACUUUCAGUUGUUUCCUGCUCAGCCGUCAGACGCUGUGCACUUCAGAAACAUGAACAUACGCAGGAAAGACAGCUUCCUCUGGGGGAGAGCUCCACCUAAACCAGAGAGCAGUGUGCACACUAACAGGUGUGGGCUGCCCGAUGACUCUCAGAUGAAUCACGACAUGCCAGAGAUCCUCCGUCCGCACCUGAAGGAGCAGAAGAACAGGAGGUUUUUAAGAGGGAAAAAGAAGUUCAACAUGGAUCCCAAAAAAGGGGUCCAGUACCUGGUUGAAAAUGGACUGCUGGAGUGGCGAGCAGAGCCGUUUGCUGAAUUUCUUUACAAGGAGGAGGGACUGAACAAGACCGCCAUCGGGAACUUCCUGGGAGAACGAGAGGAGAUGCAUUUGGAGAUCCUGAAAUCGUUUGUUGGUCUGCACGAGUUCUCAGACCUUAAUCUUGUGCAGGCACUCAGGCAGUUUCUGUGGAGCUUCCGUCUGCCGGGAGAAGCUCAAAAGAUUGACAGGAUGAUGGAGGCGUUCGCAGCUCGUUACUGUGAAUGCAACCCCGGAGUUUUCAUAUCCACAGACACAUGCUACAUCCUGUCCUUCUCCAUCAUCAUGCUAAACACGAGUCUCCACAACCCGAACGUGAAGGAGAAGCCGAGCCUGCAGAGAUUCGUCUCCAUGAACAGAGCGAUCAACAGCGGGGAGGACCUGCCCACCGAGCUGCUCACGAAACUGUAUUCGAGCAUCCGCAGCGAGCCGUUCAAAAUCCCAGAGGAUGAUGGGAACGACCUCACACUGACGUUUUUCAACCCGGACAGAGAAGGAUGGCUUCUGAAAAACGGAGGCCAAGUGAAAACCUGGAAGAGGAGGUGGUUCAUUCUGACUGACAGCUGCCUCUACUACUUUCGAUACACCACAGAUAAAGACCCGAUCGGGAUCAUUCCUCUGGAGAACCUGAGUGUGAGGAAGCUGCAGGACACCAGCAAACCGUAUUGUCUGGAGUUGUAUAACCCCAAAGGACUGAAGAUAAAAGCCUGUAAGACGGAGAACAGGGGCCGAGUGGUUCAAGGGAAACAUCAGUCAUAUAAGCUGAGCGCAGCCAGUGAAGAAGAGCGAGACGUCUGGAUGGACGCCAUCAGGUCGAGUAUCACAAAGGACCCUUUCUAUGACCUGGUGGCUCUGCGGAAGAGAAAGCUCAUAAACAACUCGCCGUCAAAGGACUGAAACACAAACUACAGCAGAGUCUGGAUCCUGGAGGGAAACUGUGGGUCCUUAAUGAAUCCUGUGGAUUUAUAACGAGUGUUAGGAGAUCUGGAAGGAGAUGUCUCCAGUGCAGCCCCUAAAAGCCAUACACAAGAAACACAUAAGCGACUAAUAUAUAUUAUUUUCAUACAUUCAGACACACUCACUCAUGACCCAAAGUGUUGACAGAAAUGUUCAAAUUAGGAAACUGGUUUUACACUUCAAUAAGUGUGAAAAGAAAUAAAGGAGAACUAGUUUAAGCCUCAGUUGACUUCUGCAAACUGCCCGCUCUGCUGCCCCGUCUUCAGGGGGCCGACUAUCUCCUGACAAAGAGACCUGCUUCCUGCUGCUGGGAGAAGUCCAGUUCACCCAGCAACAAGGGGAAGAAAGAGAAAGUUACGACGAUGGACUGAAUUACUGAACGAGCCCACUCACUAAAUGAAGUAUGAAGUGACUGCUAACAGCUCGACCUUGUUGGGAGGUUGCUGCAGAUACGAUCAACGUGGACACACUUUGUCCACAAACUGACACAAAAAGACCACACAGAGACACACCAUGACCACACAGACGUGCAAAAAAGAAUUGAAAACAGACGAGACAACUGAAACAAAGAAUGGAAGCUUUCAUGCUCGCUGUGUGUCGGGUUAGAAAGUGCAUUGAAAUGCAAAAGAUGAAAGGGAUGCAGAAAAUGAGCACCAAGAGGUUUUUUAAGAUUUACAACGAUAUGCUGAAUAAAAACAGACACACGUACAAAAUAAUAACAGAUAAACAAAAUGAGCACAAGGAGAAAGAAAAAAAACCUAACACAAAGACACGAAACCACCAGCAACAAGAGCACAGAAACAUUGAGAGGGAAGCAAAAAGAAAGAUGGCCACAAAGAGACUCUUCAUGUCAAACCAUGUGUCCGUGGUUUUUGUCUAUUUCUGUUCGCGGUCUUUCUCUGGAUGUUGAGAAACUUUGAUAUUUCUGUGUAAUGUCGCCUACUGUCUCACAAUGUGUCCAAUGCUAAUGGACUUAUAAAUAGCAGCCAUUGUAGAGGUGGAGAAUAUAAAAGCAUUUCAUGCAAAUGUAAAAAAUGUAAAGUCAAAUCUUGCUGUUGGAUCAGACGAGAUUGCAGCAUGCACUCUUUUUUCAUGGGAGAUUUAAAUGAAAAAAUACAAAAUAAAUGUUCUAAAUUCUUUUUAAGGCUGUUUUAUUUUGAAGUUCAGGCUAACAGGAAGCUGUCAGCAUUGUGCUUACUUCACUUACACUUUAAAUUAUGUUAAACUACUUCUUUGUUACAGAUGAAUUGUACAUAAGAGUGAACUGUAAAUAAAGUUUAAUAGAGACCGAGUCGACUUGUCUUAAUGUAAAUUAAUUAUAGCGCAUUAAUGCAGUUAAAGUUCUUUAUUUUAUUCCUGUCUGUUUAAUUAAAUGACUUUAUAUUAAUGGAAGAUUCAAUCUAAAUGUUGUGCAAUAAACCGGUUUAUUCUGCA